GCUCGCUCGUCGUACGUACAUUCCUACCCCCAGAAGGUUGGCCCCCUUGUGGGGCAGAGUUAUGGUCUGAAUCAAUCAAACACAUAAAAAUAUCUUGGUUCGAUCCUUCUGAUCUGUUCAUCCAAACUCCACACUCGAUGAUCUUUAUCGUCUACCCGUCUCACUGAUCACUCUCGCACCUUCGCGGGAGAUGGAGACUGUUGCCCUUUGUGGUGGCAUCAAGGAGCUGUCUGCGUCCAUCCACGGGCAGCAGAUCCCAGCGAGUUACGCCUUUCCGCCGGAGCUCAGGGAUUCUGGCGUCAGCAACGUCGUCCAAGCGACCGUGCCAACCAUCGACCUGCAGCUGCUCAGGUCACACAGCGAUGAGGAAAGGUCUGAAGCUAUCAGAAGCCUUGGACGUGCCUGUGAAGAAUGGGGCUUCUUCCAUCUUAUAAAGCACGGUGUAUCCGAAAGCCUUCGCCAAAGAAUGAUGGCUGCGGGGCGACAAUUUUUCGAACUACCGCCGCCAGAGAAACUAAAGUACACCGGAAAACAUGUGCUCGACCCGAUACGUUAUGGGACGAGCUUUAACUCGUCGGUUGAUCAAGUGUUGUGCUGGAGAGAUUACCUGAAAGUGAUUACUCACCCUGUUCUCAACUUUCCAGAGUCCCCACCAGAGUUGAGGAGUGCGGUGGAAGAAUAUUCAAGACUUCUGAGAGAGAUAGCCGGCGAAUUGUUGGGAGGAAUAUCAGAAAGUUUAGGGUUGGAGAGCCCUUAUAUAGAGAGAGAGGUCCAGUGGGACAAGGGAUUCCAAACUGUUGUCAUCAACUUCUACCCACGUUGUCCACAGCCAGAGCUAGCACUCGGCAUUCCGCCCCAUUCUGAUCAUGGUCUGCUCACCAUUUUGGCACAGAGUGGAGUCGACGGCCUUCAAGUAAAGCAUGACGGCCACUGGGUCCCUGUAACUCCUCUUCCUGGUUCCUUUCUUGUUAACGUUGGUGACCAUCUCGAGAUAUUGACGAAUGGAAGGUACAAGAGUAUCGAGCACAGAGCGAUGGUGAACAGUGACAAAGAAAGAAUGUCCAUUGCUGCAGCGCAUGGGCCAUGUUUGGACACCGUCGUCUCCCCAGCCGAGCAGUUGCUGAACCAAGGAGGCAACCCCCUUCAGUAUGGUAAGAUGACAUACAGAGAGUACUUUGAGGUUCAACAGAGCAACCAACUGCGUGGAAAAGCUUGUUUGAACAUAGUUAAGGUCUGAAGUCCAUUUGUUCUUUACAAACUUUCCUCUGCUGCCCAGCCCUCUGUCAAAACAACGUCUGUUUUAUGAUGGUGUCGCUUCCAGAGAAGUAUGAUUAGUUGUAAUUAUGUGUACAGGUAAUGAAACCAUCAUGUCAAUCAAGUAACAUUUGAUUGCUA